ACUAGCUUUGUUCCUAGUUAAAAUACACACUUAUUUUUUUUCUCCAACAAAAAAACAAAAAAUUAAUUGUCCUCAAAAUGUCUCCACCUAAUAGUAUGCAAACCCAAAAUGAAGGGAGAGUAUAUGACGAGGAAGAGGAAGAGGAAGAUGCAUGCUCAAUGUUUGCACUAUCCCUUCUAAAUUCCUCCAUAACCCCAAUUGUACUACAAGCAGUACUCGAGCUCAACGUCCUCGAGAUCAUUAAGAAACUCGGUCCAUUCGGAAGCCAUUUUUCGGCCAAGGAGGUGGUGGCACACUUGCCGGCCAAGAACCCGGAGGCGCCCACCAUGUUGGACCGCAUGCUCCGCCUCUUAGCUAGCCAUUCCGUCCUCUCUUGCACCACCAGGAGCCUCCCUGAUGGUCCUGUUGAGAGACUAUAUGGGUUAACACCCGUUUGUAAGUUCAUGAUCAAGGAUAACAAUGGUGUUAGCUUGGCUCCUUUGGCUAGUAUUUCCAAGCCUGUUAUUGAUAGCAGCUAUCAAUUGAAGGCAUCAAUUUUGGAAGGUGGGCAUCCAUUUGAAAGGGCACAUGGUGUGACACACUAUGUCUACAACGGGCAAAACCCAGAUAUGAACGCUAAAUUUAACUUUGCAAUGGCUAGUCACUCAACAAUUACCAUGGACAAAAUCCUUAGGACCUAUAAGGGAUUUGAUGGUCUCUCAACCUUGGUUGACGUUGGUGGUGGAAAUGGAGCUACUCUUAAAAAGAUAGUCUCUAAGUAUCACAACAUUAGGGGUAUCAACUUCGAUCUACCUCAUGUCAUUAACGACGCUCCAAUCUGUCCAGGUGUUGAACAUGUAGGCGGAGACAUGUUUGCAAGUGUUCCUAGAGCUGAUGCCGUUUUUAUGAAGUGGAUUUGUCAUGCUUGGAGUGACGAGGAGUGCAUAAAAUUCCUUAAGAACUGCUAUGAUGCUAUUCCGGAAGACGGUAAAGUAAUUGUUUGUGAGUAUUUCCUCCCAGAAGAAGUUGAAUUGAGCCAUGCUGCCAAGUUUAUGUUUCAGUUCGAUACGACAAUGAUGGUUAUACCAAAUGGGAAAGAGAGGACAGAAAAGGAAUUUCAGGCCUUAGCCAAAGCAGCAGGGUUUCAAGGCUUUAGUGUUGCUUGUUCUGCUUUUCAUACCAAAGUUAUGGAGUUUCUUAAAAACAAAUGAUAAACAUUAUUCAUCACUGUCUUUUGUAAUUUGUACUAGUACGUACUCCCUCCGUUCUAUAAUGAUGUUUCAAUUCAAAUUUUAAUAACUAUUCGUAAUUGAAGAGAACCUCCAUUCUUUUU